GUCUUCAUGGGCUUCGCAUAUUCCACGAUCACUGUCCGAAGAGAUGCAUUCCGGUCUUGAGCCUAGCCUUGCAACAUUCUCUCCGUCCCUUUUUUGGUGUAAGACGACUCUGUGUGGUAUCUUUUGUUCCAAUUGAUAGAAUUUCUCCGCAAUCCAUCUACACGCCAUCUCAACAUACAGUGCUCGUCACAUAAAUCAUAUCGCCAUCCAACUGUUGAACCAGCACAGCAACAUCAUGGAUCUAUCCAAGAUUUCAGGACUUGGCUUCGUAGGCCUGGGAGCAAUGGGCCUGCCAAUGGCUGGCCAUCUUGCUGCCAAGCUCCCCGAGCACAUUCAGGUCUACGUCUUUGAUAUCAAUCAGGCAAGUGUCGAUCAAGUCCACAAAGACCAUCCCAAAAGAGUGGUCAAGUGUUCGUCGGCAAAGGAGGUGGCAGACAAAUCAGAAAUCAUCCUGACUAUGCUUCCCGAGGGCAAGCAUGUCCGAUCGGUUUAUAUCGAGGGAGGAUCCACCACGAUCUUGUCGAGUGAUGUCGCGGGCAAGCUACUAAUUGAUUGCUCAACCAUCGACACAGCUAGCAGUCUUGCUGUCAAAGACUACAUCAAUGAGAAAUUCCCCACGGCGUCCUUUUACGAUGCACCAGUCAGUGGAGGCGUGGUCGGCGCUCAGAAAGGAACGAUAGCAUUCUUCCUUGGCUGUGACGGCAAAGAUCCUAACCUCUCCAACAUCACCGACCUCUUGAAGCUGAUGGGCAAGGAUGUGAUCCCUUGCGGUGGGCCUUCAAAAGGUCUCGCGGCCAAGCUGUCCAACAACUACUUAUCCGGGACCAUCGCCAUCGCCGUCUCCGAAGCCAUGGACAUGGGGAUGCGGUCGGGGCUAGAUCCUCGAGUAUUGGCCAAAGUCUACAAUGCCGGCACGGCCCAGAACACCAUUAGUGACCGGUUCUGUCCUGUACCAGGCGUGUGGCCUGAGGCGCCGUCAUCCAAAGGCUACACCAACGGCUUCAAAGUGCAAUUGAUGCACAAGGAUUACUCGUUAGCCAUGGACAUGGCGAAGAGAGUUGGUGCGAAGAACGUCCUGGGUGAGGCGGGUCUUGCGACGUACAAGGGGGCAAUGAAUGAUCCGAAAUGCUACGACCUGGAUUCGAGAGUGGUGUUCAGAUAUCUGGGUGGAAAUGAGGAUUGGCAGAAGGACGCGGACGAGGCUACAGCCAGUAAAUUGAAUUGAUGCGGUAGCCUUCUACAGUACUACUAGAUAGAUGUACCAUAUGAUGCACCCUAGCGACUCGCGAGAAGGCCCGAUGAGAGUUGGGGUAAAUCUGGAAGAUUUUGGAGAAGGUGGAAAGUUGCCGGUCAAUCUCUCUCCGAAAUGCGGAGCGUCAUUUUUCUGGUACAGCGAUGAUGGGUG